CAGUCGUUAGCUUGGAGCUGUGGGCGCCACAAAGGUCUGGACAGUUCAAACACAUUUAACACGUGAAUGACUUACAAUUAGCCUCACAACCAUACUUCAGUUUUUGGUCAAAUUGAACUAAAAAUUACUUCCUUAACUGAAGACUUUGAAGCAAGCUGUUGACCGCCACUAACAUCAUGGACAGCCGGCUGUUGUGUUUGGGCUGUUUGCUGUGGCUGGCACCAGGAUUGCACGCUCGUGUGGACAACAGCUCCGGGAGCCGUGAUUAUUGUAUCGUCGGAGCCGGGCCAGCUGGGUUGCAGCUGGGCUACUUCAUGCAGCAGUCGGGGCGGGAUUACGUCAUAUUUGAGCAGAGUGCCACGUCAGGUAAUUUCUUCAUCACCUACCCCCGCCACAGGAAAUUGAUCAGCGUCAACAAACGACACACUGGUCAACUCAACAAAGGCUUCUCAUUCCGUCAUGACUGGAACUCUCUCAUCUCAGAAGAUGAAAGUCUGCUCAUGAAACAUUACACCAAGGAGAUUUUCCCGCCUGCAGACAUCCUAGUGAAGUACCUACAAGACUUCCAGAGAAAGUUAGGCAUCAAUGUUCAGUUUAACACACAGAUAAAAAAUAUACGGAAAGUUGACAACAAAGAUGGCGGAUUUCUCAUGGACGACCAGAACGAGGUCACAUAUUCCUGCAAACGAGUGAUUGCCGCCACGGGUAUGUGGAAGCCAAAUAUCCCGGAUGUUCGAGGCAUCGAGAGGGCUGUCGGGUACGAGAGUAUCUCAACUGACCCGGAACUGUAUGAGAACAAGAGUGUGCUCAUCCUGGGUAUGGGCAACUCGGCCAUGGAGACAGCAGACUCCAUCUACAGCCGCACACAGUACGUGCACAUCAUCUCACGCAAGCAGACGGUCGACCUGGCCUGGAGUACUCACUAUGUUGGGGACCUCAGGUCCGUGAACAACAACUUGCUGGACACAUACCUGCUCAAGUCACUAGACGGCAUCACCCUGCUGGACAUGCAGGAUGCCAGCAUUCAGGAGAGGGGCGGGAAGUUUUUUGUUGUGGUAGAUAAACACUACCACAGCAACUCCAAGAGCGAGGACUCUGUGCCCGACAACUUCCCUCUGAGGUCCGGCUACGAUAUGGUCAUCAGGUGUAUGGGCUUCACAUUUGACUCCAGCAUCUUCAAUGGGACCAGCAUUACUAGACCUGUCGGGAAAGCCAAAAAGUACCCAGCCAUCACCCAUGCGUACGAAUCUGUGGACUUGCCGGGACUAUUUGUCGCAGGCACAGCGACACAUUCACUAGACUUUCGGAAAUCGGCUGGCGGAUUUAUACACGGGUUUCGAUACACAACGCAAGCGUUACAUCGUCUGCUGGAGUGGCGGUACGAGGGUGUCACGUGGCCGUCUGCGACGUAUCCUCUACACCAACUGCUCAACGUCAUCAUCAAAAGGCUGAACGAAGGCUCCGGCUUCUACCAGAUGUACGGGAUCCUUGGAGACGUGGCGUUAAUUGAUAGAGCCCGUGACUUGGUGACGUACCUGGAAGAGUUUCCCAUCAACUUGCUGCCCCAGUUGACACGCAUGACUGGGCAUAAUGCCACUGAGGUCAUCGUAACCAUCCUGGACUACGGAGCUCCAGACAUUUCCAGCCAAAAAUUUGACGCCAAGGCCAGUCAGGCCCACCAGUCUUAUUUCCUGCACCCGAUUCUCUUUUACUACAAGCAACUCCCCACAGAAGAGGAUUUCCUGCUGAAGCACCAGUACGAUCGUCUGCCCAGACCAGACUCUCUGCAUCACAUCGUGGAGGACUUCUUGGUGCUGUGGCAGUCACAGAAUGAACACGUGACUCCCGUCAGGCGGUGGCUGGAGUCAGUGUUAAACAGGAGCCUCCGGAGCUACUUCUCUGAGAGAUGUUUUGAAAUGGCCAUGACGUAUGCGGAUGUUCCCGAGUCCUGCGAUAAAAAUUACAAUCUAGGUCAAGGUCUUCUUGGAGCACCAGAGCUGCUGAGUAGUUUCCAGAACAAUCGCGUGGUCAUUCCGUCUCUACACUAAUUAAAAUCUUGUCAUUCCGUCACUACACUAAUUAAAAGUCUGGUCACUUCGUCUCUACACUAAUUAAAAUCUUGUCAUUCCGUCACUACACUAAUUAAAAGUCUGGUCACUUCGUCUCUACACUAAUUAAAAUCUUGUCAUUCCGUCACUACACUAAUUAAAAGUCUGGUCACUUCGUCUCUACACUAAUUAAAAUCUUGUCAUUCCGUCACUACACUAAUUAAAAUCUUGUCAUUCCGUCACUACACUAAUUAAAAUCUGGUCACUUCGUCUCUACACUAAUCAAAAUCUUGUCAUUCCGUCACUACACUAAUUAAAAUCUUGUCACUUCGUCUCUACACUAAUUACACAUCUGUUCACUUCGUCUCUACACUAAUUAAAAAUCUGGCCACUCCAUCUCUACACUAAUUAAAAUCCGGUCACUUCGUCUCUACGCUAAAUAAAAAUCUGGCAAUUCCAUCUCUACACAAAUUAAAAAUUUGGUCAUUUUAUCAACACAAUACAUUUUUUUUUUAAAUUUUGCCAUUCUUUCUACACAUUUAAAUUUAAAAAUAAAUGUAACAUUCCGUUUCUAUACUAAAUUAGAGUUUUGGUUUUUU